AUGCCAAAGGAUUCUCCUCUGUGCCGAGAAAUCCUAGAAGAAAGGAUGGAAAGGAUAAAAAUCCCGACAGGGAGAUACGAUGGGACGACGGAUCCGGAGGAUCACUGCACCACAUUCGAACAGCACAUGAUGUUGUACACAGAUUCUGAUGCCAUGUGGUGCAAAGUAUUCCCAUCCACACUCUUAGGAGUUGCAGCAAGCUGGUAUAAGGGCAUAGAGGCACACUCCAUAUACAGUUUUCGACAGCUGCAGGCGUCGUUUUUGUCACGAUUUGUGAGCAAACAGAAGAGAAAGAAAUCGUCGGGAGAGUUGAUGUCGUUCGCUCAAAGAGAUAUAGAGCCGUUAAGAGAUUAUCUCACCCGCUUUAACAACGAAUCAAUCACUAUUCCCAAUUUGCAGCAGGAGGUUGCUGUUUUGGCUCUGAUGAGGGGAAUGCAAGAGUGCGAAUUCAAGAAGUACCUCAGCCGGAAGUCAUACACUAAUCUGGGCGACGUCUUGCACAAGGCCAAUGAGUACAUCAGGGGGGAUGAAAUGAUGAAGAUCUCCAAUGUGGUAGUGGCAACCGGCGGAAAUGUCGGGUACAAUCCAGGCUGUAACCCCCAGGCGGGAAAAGGAGGAAACAAUUUUCACCAGAACAAUAAUCAGCAAGGGGCAAGCCAGAGAAACCAGAAUAACAGAAAUGCCAAUCCACAGGGGCAGAGACCCCGGCAAGACAGAAGGGAGUCCAGAUGA